AUGAUUGACAAUUUCGCCUACAUCGUUGAUACCUAUGGAUUUAUCCCGAAUGGUGGUCGAGUUUACUAUCUACGACGAUCACAGCCACCUCUAUUUAUACCAAUGGUCUAUGAAUAUUACUUGGCUACAAGAGACAAAGAAUUCCUUCGUACAAUGCUUCCCAUUAUGGAGAAAGAAAUUCAAUUCUGGCAAAAAAAUCGCACAGUAUCUCUUGGAGUCGACGGAGAAACCAUCACGAUGUAUCAGUACAGGACUCCUUCCACGGUGCCAAGCCAGCGGAGCCGAGGAUGGGAUUUCUCUAUUCGUUGGUUCGCCGAUAAAGUCUCGCUCAACUCCAUUGAAACCACUAACGUGGUCCCAGUUGAUCUCAACGCUUUCAUCUGUUACAAUUUACACAUUCUAGGAGCUUUACACGCUGAAGUCGGAAAUGAGCAUAAGAGCUCGUCUUGGACUGCACAAUAUAUCAAAUUCCGUGGAGAUUUCGAAAAGAUCUUUUAUGUGAAAGAAGCCAAAGGCUGGUAUGACUACAACCUCCGCACAAAACAACACAACACCGAUUUCUAUGCAUCGAUUGCUGUUCCUCUAUUCACACAAUGUUACGAACCACUCAGCUUGUCAAAAAGCGAUGAUUUAUAUGACAAAAUGGAAGAAAUGGGUGUGUUCAGCUACGUAGGAGGAAUUCCCACAAGUUUGCAAUUACAAAGUAAACAACAAUGGGACUUCCCUAACGGAUGGAGCCCUUUGAACCACAUGAUUAUAGAAGGCUUGCGAAAAUCCGAUGACCCUAGGAUGCAACAAAAAUCAUUCCUCCUUGCUGAAAAAUGGAUUCUUUCCAAUCUUCACGUGUUUGAGAGUGAUCAAGUUAUGUGGGAGAAGUACGAUGUGGUCUCAGCGAGUCCACGACUUGGAGGAGGUGGCGAGUACCUCGUACAG